AUGGAAGUAGCAGCGGAAGAGGCUGCGGGCGCACCGCUGUCGAGGCCAAUGGAGGUCGAGUCACCUCAAGAGGCCAGAGCCCAGCGGAAGCGAGUAGCUUCCAAGGACGUCGAGGACUUGAAUCGGGAGGAGCCACCGCGAGGCCCCACCGAUGGUCCAGAUGUGGAGGUUGUCGGAGCCAACCUCUACGGAGGUGCAAGCGGUUCCGCAGGACCGGGUCUUGACCACUCUCGUAGCCAAGCGCAAGCCGAUGCAGAGAUGCACGACGCAGCGGCGAAUCCGCCGCCUAGUGGUGAGGAUGCCCAGAUCGGGCUGAUCACUAGGAUGUUCGAGCAAGCGCGAAUGUUCCGACAAGCCGAACACCUGCGUUUCUUCGAAAAGUUGGAGCGCCACGAGCUUGCUCAAAGGAUGAACGCACACUUGGUUGACGGGCCGAUGUGCAAGUGGAAAGUGAACGAGAGCGGGAAGCUCAUCGCAAGGCAAUCGGGCAAGAAGCGCGCCCGCUGGAUUACUAAUUCGGCGACGGUCGCGAAGGCCCUAGAGAAGCUCUGCGAGGACUCUACGAAGGUAUGGAACAGUUUAAAGCUUUCCUUCGAGGAGGGGAUCGUACAGGCAAAAGCCGAGUACCCUCCGAAGCUCGAAAGGGCAGUGCUGGCAGAAGUCAGAGCACAACUGGUCCUAGAUGGAGAGAUGAGGGAGGAGCCUGUCAUAGACGCAAACACGGGGGCACAGUUGGACCCAGGAAAGGUUGCAGAGGCAAGAGCCUCUGAACUAGCUUGGGUGAAAAAGCAAGGAGUGUAUGAGAAAGUCGAUGAGAGCGUGUGCUGGGCAGAAACAGGGCGUGCGCCCGAUGACAUCAAGGAGAACUUUAGGUCUCGGUUGGUAGUGCGCGAGGUCAAGAGCCAAGGACAAGCGGCACUUAUACCAGACUACGCUUUGUUCUCCUCCAUGCCACCUUUGGAGGGAUUGAAGAUCCUGUGUUCUCUGCUCACGAGCAUGAAGAGGUCAGCUUCUGGGAAGCAACUGACCUUGAAAUUGACCGAUAUCUCACGUGCGCAUUUCUAUGGCAAAGCUGAACGCCGCGUCUUUGUCACACUCCCGGAAGGAGACGAAGAGCACGGCAAAUGCGGCCUACUGAAGCGUACGAUGUACGGCACCGGGGAUGCUUCGGCAGUCUGGCAGAGGUCGUACACUACACUUCUGCGCAAACACGGUUUCCGUACCGGAAAGGCAUACCCUUGUACUUUCUAUCACGACACGAUGGACGUGAGACUUCUAGUACAUGGGGAUGACUUCCUUGUCCUCGCGGACGAGGACGGUCACCGCUUUGUAGACAAGAUCCUGUCUGAAGAGUACGAGUUCAAGUGCGAUGGGCACAUAGGACCUGGAUGCGAGAAGGACAGCAUGACUGUUCUGAACCGGGUCGUGACCUAUGACCGUACGACGGGAACUGUCACACAUGAGGCGGACCCAAGGCACGCCGAGGCGCUAAUCCGUGACCUUGGAAUGGAGACUGCAAAGGCAGCAAAGACACCAGCAGAAAAGAAGAAAGGCAGCGACCUGAAAGCAAUGCUGGAGUCACAGCCGUUAAACGCCGAGCUUGCAAAGCAGUAUCGUUCACACACGAUGCGGGCGGCAUUCCUAGCGCAGGAUCGCCCGGAUAUUGCUGAAGCAACGAAGAGCUUGGCAAGGCACAUGAAGGAACCUGCUGAGUUCGCAUGGGCCGACUUGAAGAGGUUAGUCCGCUACUUGCGCGGCAACCCACGGCUGAUCUAUGAGUACCAUCCACAGCGUAUGAGCAAAGAGAUCGUGAUGUACUGCGACUCCGACCACGCCGGAUGUCUUAUCACGCGGAGGUUCACAACAGGACUCGUGACAAUGCUUGGAUCUCACUGUGUCAAGCACUCUUCGAAUGUGCAAAGUACCAUAUCCCUGUCGAGCGGGGAAAGUGAGUUCUACGCAAUCGUCAUAGCAGGGUCCAUAGGACUAUCUCUGCAGGCGAUGCUGGAAGACUGGGGACUGAAGGUCGGACUACGAAUGCGGUCAGAUUCCUCAGCGGCCAGAGGCACUACUCAACUCAAACGAGGUACUUAUGGGUACAGGAGAAAGUUGCAACGCGGGCUCUGGAACUAG